ACUUACUAUUCCUGUUAUCUGUGGGAGAUCCUCUUGAAGAAUAGGAAGUGCUACUUUCAUCACUGUCAUAUCCUUUGGGGGAAAUAGGCCUGUAAUUGUCUCUUGGCCUUGUAGAGUCUCUAGGUUGAUAUCUCUUGACAGUAUUACUGUUAUUAUUAUUGUUAUUGUACUGAGACAUCUUAUGAGGUGGUGGAGGCAUCACAUUCAAUGGAAAAUUAACCAUAUGUGUGAUAUUUCGAUUCACAACUUCCAGACUAUCCAUACCAAUGUCCGAUUUGCUAACAUUGUUGUUCAGUACAUUCACAUCUUCGUUUUCUGUGUUGUUUUUGUAAGGGUAAUGGGGAGGAGAAUAUAUGUCAUAGUACAUUGUUUCGGAAAAGAUAGUCGGAUUGGCAAUUUGUGAUUCAAGUUCCAUCUCAAAAAUACACAAAGUGAGGUGUCUUCAACUUCAACAAGUUUUUCUUGCCCAAAAAAAUAUGCAGGUUAUGAAGCAGGAAAGCAUAUACACAUCCAAACUAUCUUCGUGCAAUGCUUGAAGUUUGCACUUAUUUACUAUCUUACCAUACUUGUCUUGUAAUCAACGAAGGCCCCCAAAUCGGAAUGCUGUAUGACCUUUCGAGACAAUUAUGAAAAAAUAAUGACAGCUUCCAUCUUUUUGCCCAAAGCACAGAAAAAAGUCAAAGUUGAUCAAAAUACCGCCAAAUGCGGUUGCGCUCAGGUGUCAUUUUUGCCAACAUAAAAAAAAAUCUGAAAUAUGAUAUUCAUAGCAAUGACGACUAAAUAUCUAGACUGUCUGACGGGUUAUCUCGAUAUUUAGCCGUCACUGUUCAUAGGUUCGUUUUCGCGACUGUCUGUUCUAUUCUGGAGAAACCAGUGUAAACUGAGAGCAAAGAUUCAGCGGGUGAUUUGAAAUGACUCAUAAGGCUGCCCGCAUUAUCUAAUAUAAUUACCAUUUAAACAAUUCAAUGUGAAGCGUCUGUACAGCCACGCCACUUCUAACUAUAAAAUUUAGAUCGAUAAACAGAGUCAAGAUGUGGAGUACCUCCCAAAGAACCUUUAUAAUAGCAGAGAUCGGACAAAAUCAUCAAGGUGAUUUAGAUAUCGCAAAACAAUUGAUCAAAACAGCAAAAGACUGUGGCGCGGAUUGUGCUAAGUUUCAAAAAACCUCCCUGAGAGAUAAGUUCACGGAAUCUGCAUUGAAUAAACCAUACGUGUCUGCAAAUGCCUUUGGAACAACUUAUGGAGAACACAAAUCGGCUUUAGAAUUCACUGAAGAGGAAUUCAAGUUGUUACAGGAAUAUGCUAAUACAAUGGGGAUUUUAUUCACUGCCUCUGCCAUGGAUCCAAUUUCUCUAGAUUUUUUAAUCAGAAUAAAGGUUCCUUUUGUUAAAAUUGGUUCUGGUGAUGCAAAUAAUUUUUUAUUGCUCGAGAAAGCUGCCAAAACAAACAUACCUUUGAUUAUUUCAACAGGAAUGCAGACCAUGGAAAAAGUUAGAGAUAUCUAUCAAACUGUUUCCAAAUACCACAAAAAUUUUGCUCUACUACACUGUGUGUCCUCUUAUCCAACUCCAUUUGAAGACAUCAACUUGAAUGUUAUCAACUUAUACAAAAAAGAAUUUCCUGAUAUUACCAUAGGAUAUUCUGGCCAUGAACUAGGCAUUCAUAUUUCAACAGCUGCAGUAGCAUUAGGAUGUAAAAUAAUUGAGCGUCACAUAACCCUGGAUAAAAAACAGAAAGGAACAGACCACAAAUGUUCUCUGGACCCAAAGGAAUUCAAAAAGUUGGUUGAGGACAUAAGAACUUUAGAAAAAGCUAUGGGAGAACCAGUCAAAAUCCUCAGAGAAUCUGAGAAACCAUGUUAUGAAAAACUAGGGAAAUCAUUGGUAUAUGCAAGACCAUUACACAAAGGUCACACACUAGAAUUGAGUGACUUUCAUGUUAAAGUUUCUGUACCAAAAGGAAUUGAUGGAAGUGAUAUGAUGAAGGUAGUUGGAAAAAAAUUAGUAGGUAAUGUUAGAGAAAAUGAACCUGUACUAGCUGGAGAUUUUAUUUGAUCAAUAAAGAGUUAUACCUGUCACCUUUUUCUUUCAUAUUUCCAAAUGUAGAUUGGGGCACUAUCUUUUGUUCCUUUCUUGAUGCGCUUAGGUGGUAGGACACUCUUUUUAUUCUCCACUGCCUUUGAUAAUUCAAUUUUCUGUUGGGUUAUUGUAAGUUCUUUUUCCCUUGCUAUCCUCUUUGCUAGUUCUUGAUAUAAACACUUUCUGGUUUUGGCACUCUGUUGUAAAGCAUGUUCAUCAACUUCUGGCAAUUCUUUUUCAGAGAGUAGCUUUAAGGUCCUUCUUUGAGCCUCCAAUUUUUUUCCUUUGUCAAAAUAAAUAUGUUUAUUUGUCUUGUUCAUAUCAACACUGGCCAAUUGUAAGUGAGACUGUAGUUUCUCAAUUUUCUUCAUUUCUUGGGUUUUCUUUGUCACAAUGUAUUUCAGGUCCUGUGUUUUCAUUAGCUGAACCUGUUCUGGAGUGUCCUCAGUUUCAGUAUUUUUCUCAAAGUGUACCCCAUUAUCUGUUUUCGAGUUUAUCAUAUGAUGAUAGAACUCAUCUGGAUUUUUGUUGAGAGCUCUCUUUCUGAGAAGUUUCAAAGUGGCUUUUUUGUCAUUGAAAUCCUUGGCACGACGAACAUAGUCCUUUUUCUUCUCCAAAAGGCCCAAAUGCUGCCGCUCUUCAGGUUGAUGUCUUUCCUUGUGUGUUUUUUGAUGUGCUUUGGCUGCUUUUUUCCAAACAGACAUUGUUAAAUAUUUUCC